CGGACAGCUGGAUCCCGGCUCCGGACCUCGGACACCACGGUCGGCGCAUGCGCAUAAGGAACAGCUGGUUGGUGAAGGUGAGAGCGGUGCAGUUAUAUCACCACAGCUCUGUGCCUGUCAGUCAUGGGCCUGCGGGAGGUCUGGAGGAACUACAAAGUCCUGAUUGUGAUGGGCACGAGUCUGGGACUGAUCCACUGGGGCUGGUACAAUCUGAAGUCAAACCCGCUGCUGCAUAAAUCCAGAGACGACUACAUUCCUGAGCCGGGCAUCGUCGCUUACGUUUCUCCUCCUGCAGCUCCUCCUCCUCCUCCUCCUGCUGCUGCUGCCGCCAAGAGCAAGUAA